UUACUGUGAUUGCAAAUUACAUCUGAUUUUUUUUGACGUUUCUCGAUUUUUUUUCUUGAAAAUCUCAUCGCGAAAUGGCAUCCCAUAAAAAUACAGAUGAAUUCAAAAUCUUAAUCACAUCAGAUUGUCAUUUGGGCCACAAUGAAAAACACCCAAUUCGUGGUGAGGAUUCGUUUCGUACAUUUGAAGAAGUUUUACAAGCAGCUGUAAAUAUGGACGUCGAUUUCAUUCUGUUGGCCGGGGAUUUGUUUGAUGUGAACAAACCAUCAAUACAAACGAUGCGUCGAACAAUGUCACUGAUAAGAAAAUAUUGUUUUGGUGGCAAUGGUUGUCAAAAGUUUUUGGUGAAAAAUUUCAAAAAUGCUAAUUGUAUUGAUCCGAAUUUGAAAGUGAAAUAUCCAAUAUUCACUAUUCAUGGAAAUCAUGAUGAUCCUGUUGGAAUGAAUUGUUCCUGUUGUUUAGAUCUUUUCUCCGCUUCCGGUCUUGUCAACUAUUUUGGCAAACAGGAUAAUGUGGAAGAAUUAUUAAUCAAGCCAAUCAUAUUCGAGAAAGGACAAACAAAAAUUAUUGUCUAUGGAUUUGGAUCGAUGCGCGAAGAACGAUUGCAUACAUUGAUUCAAAAUGAACGGUUCAAUUAUCUUACACCAGAUUUUGAUUGUGAUUCUCAAGAGGAAUUGAAAAAAUAUCUAAAAAUUUUGCUAGUUCAUCAGAAUCGUGUACCGAGACCUGGGACCAAACAUCUUAAUCCGUAUGAUUUAACUUCGUUACCAGAUUUUGUCAUAUGGGGCCAUGAACAUCGACCUUAUAAAGAGCCUGAAUAUUUUGAGCAGAAUAACUUUUUCAUCUUACAGCCAGGUUCGACAGUGGCUACAUCACUUUGUGAAGCUGAAUAUGGUGAUAAGUAUUACUAUUUAAUGAAAUGUUAUUAUGACGAUGAACGUCAGAAGCCUCGGUUUAAGAUUGAAUCAUUUCGUUGCGAAACGGUUCGGCCAUUCGUGAUGUCCACCAUUGAUGUCGAUAGCUUGUUGUCCAAAAAUGAUUCAUUUAAAUCCUUACAUCAACAACAACAGUUUUUGUUCUCUUUUUGCAAAGAUAAGGUCCAAACAAUGUUAAGCGAGGCUCGUUGUCAAUCGACUAUGAUCAAUGAUGAUGGUGAGGCAAAACCAUUAAUCCGUCUUCGUAUCGAAUAUAGCGACAAAGAUCUAUUGUUUGAUCGUCGUAAAUUGGAAUUCCAUGUAAACAAAUUGGUUGCCAACAAUAACGAUGUUGUACGAUUCAUUCGUAAACGUUCUAAUCAAAUGGACAGUGACUCAAAUUCAGCUGGCCUUGACGAUGGUGAUGAUGAUGUGAAUGGUUUUGUCGAUAUCAUACGUGCAGCUGACAUAUCGAAAAAGUAUCAUCUCCCAACAAUAUUGAUCAAACAUUUCGAUGAGGCCAAUGAUCGAAAACGUUUGACCAUGUUGGAUGAAAAAUUUUUCAUUGAAAAAGUCGAUACAUUAACUAAGAAAAAUCAAACAGAUAGUUUUAAAGAUUUCACCGAAAACAGUAAACAAGCUAUACGUUUUGUAACCGAUAUGGCCUUAGGUGAUAAUGAAAACUUUAAACUAGACGAUCUCAAGGAAGAAAUUCGAUCGAUUAAACAAAAAAUCUUCAAUGAUCAAGAAUAUCGGUCACGAUUUCAAUGGAUCACACGUGAACCAUUUGUCAAACGACCAUUCAGUUUACUACAGCAGAAAUUAUCAAAUUUAACGGUCACUGGUAAUCAAUCAUCGAAUAUUGGAAAUACUGGCUCAAAAAUAGAUGAUGAUCCAUUCUAUGAGGACGAUAUCGAUAUGUUUGAUGUGAACGAUAAACAAGAAAAAAUGUCGAAGACAAGUGAUGAAAAAAAAUAAAUUUUUGACAUGAACACUACUGAUAAUGAUAAUAAAGAUGAGUCUUUAGCAUCAACUUCCCGUGGAUUUGGAAAGCGGUAUCGUGAUCGUCAGAAUCUCCGUGAAGAAUCUAGUAAAUUAAAAUCACUGACAUCAUUUUUCGAUAUGAAAAAUUUUGAUGACAAUGAUGAUCCGAUGCAAAUUGUUCGUUCUAGUAAAGAUGACGAUAAAUCAAGUUCAAAAACAUUUCCAAAAAAGAAAAAGGCCAAAUUGAUCAAAACCGUUGCCAUAGAAGACUCUGAUGAAGAUGAUGAUUAUCCUAGUCGUACGACUCGUAAAAGUCGAAAUCGAAAAUAACAGAACGAUUUUCAUAAAAUGUUUUUUUUAUUAUAUAUUUUAAUAAUGAGAAUUUAUGUUUUUGAUUUGUGUUGUGAUAAAAAUUUUUGAUAAACGUUAUCGAAUGCUUGA